AUGGAUGAUUCUAGCAAUUGUGAUAUAGGUUGUGAUGGAGAGAGUGCAGCGAUGAUCCCAAACCAGAAGACUCUCACUAUUCACUUGCCUUCCAGCUCUAACAUUGAUGUGAGCUCUAUGGUUUCUAUGAAGGAGGAUUGUGAAUCGCCUAUGUCAUCAUGGGCUUCCGAUCCCGAAACUGAUAUCUCAUCUGUGACCAGUUGUCAUGUAAUAAUGCCUGAGGAGUCCCUUCAGGAUGUUGACCUUGAAGGAAACUAUGAAAACCAGUUCGUCGGGGUGGAAAACAAUGAUGAUGGUUUUUUGUGGGAGAUGGACAAUAGAAGUUAUGAAGACUUGCUCAAAAAAUUCAUUGAAAAGGAGGAAGAUCUAAGAGUUUCCAAUUUAAAGCUUCAACUUUCAGAACAAGAGAUCACAGGGUUGGCUAUUCAAGUUGAGGUUCUUGAGAUUCAGAUUGAUGAUGCGUGUCAAAAAUUGGAGCUGAAAGAGGAUGAGUUGUGUGAACAAAAGAAGCUUUUGGGAAAACAGAUUUCCAAGUUGAAGAUUCAAAAUUUAAACAGUGUGGAUCAAUUUGCUGAUGCGCGCGGAGAAUUGAAUUUGAAAAAACGCGAGCUUGUUAAUGUGCGCAAAGAAUUAGAGUUGAAAGAGAAGGAGUUGAAUGAACAAAAGAAGCUUUCAGAAGAAGAGAUUUUCAAGUUGAAGAAUCAAAUUAAAGAAAAUGAGAAUCAGCUUGAUAAUGUGCAAAAAGAAUUAGAGUUGAAAGAAAAGGAGUUGAAUGAGCAAAAAGAGCUUUCAGAAGAAGAGAUUUUCAAAUUGAGGAAGCAAGUUAAAGAAAGUGAGAAUCGGCUUGAUAAUGUGUGGGAUGAAUUGAAUCUGAAAACGGAGAAGUUGCAAAAACAAACUGUUGAAUUAGAUACUUAUAUUCCAGAAUCUGUCUACAAGAUUACAAAUUUGAUGGAACAACUUGAAGAGGCUCAUAAGAAACUCGAGAUUUCAACCGACGAAAUUGCAACUUUACAAAAGGAACUUGGUAGUAAGUCAUCUAUGAUUCGUCGGUUGCAAUGUGAGAUUAAAGAGGAAAAGAAAAAGAUGCAUUCGACAUUGUUUGAUUUGCAGGCUACGUAUGUUUGCGAGCAAGAAAAGAUGAGUUCUGAUAUUGCAAGUUUGUCAAAACAGAAAAAACAAUUGACCUCUAAACUAGAGGCCUGUGAGUCUAGAAACAAGGAGUUAGAACAAAAAGUUAUGCGAAAUGAAGCUGAAAAUUUGACACAUUUGCAAGAAAUCAGGAAUUUGAGGACAAAACUUGGUCAGAGAAUGAAUGAUGUAGAAGCUGCUAAUAAGAAAUCAGCAAGAGUAAUGAUUCAAAUAGAUGAAGCCAAUGUCCAGAUUGAUAAGCUUAAGGCUGAGAUAUGCUCCCGCGACGAUGAAAUAUCUCAUUUGAAGAAAUAUAUAAACGACGUAAACACAUCACGAAUUGAGCUGGUGCUUAACUAUAGAGCUAAAUUGAAUGAAGAAAAUAAGUUGAAAUUGAAAGUGGAGGAACUUGAAAAGGAGGUGAAGAAACAGAAUGGGGUGAUCUUGGAUAUGGCUAAGGAGAAGAAGGAGGCAAUUAGACAACUGUGUAAUUCACUUGAGCACUACAGGAGUGGAUAUAAUGAGCGUAUCCGAGCAUUGAAUGGUUUAUAAGCAUUGCGGGCGCGCACACUGUCAUACUUCCUAGUUUAACAUUUAGGUGUGUCUUGUGGUUUUGUUUUGUUUUAUUUGUUAGAUUUUGGUUGUUAUCGGUUUUUUCAUAUUUAUUUCUUAAU